CCGCGUGCCUGCUUAUCCAAAAAUCUCCGGAAACAACUGACUGUUCGUUCAUCCGAACAGAAGAGAAAACGUAAUUAAGACCAGGAAUCCAUACCGAGAUUGUGAUUUUUUUAUUUUCCUAUUUGGUUUUUAUCCAUACAAUAAAUUUAGACCGUACGAUAACUUUCCCAAAAUUUAAGCGUGAAAUUUCUGCUAAUUAGAUAUUAGAAGAUAUUAGAUCCCUGCUCAGAAACCCGAUCCGCCCUAUCCUGCCGCCGGCGCCCUCCACCAUGCCGCAUCCUGCCGCCGGCGCCGGCCUCCCUCCCCAUCACGACUGGCCCGCUUGGCCCGCUACCUCCGACAGCUCCUCCUCCGCCGCCGCCGCGUGCCCCCCGCGCAGGGGCGACUCCUCCUCUGCCUGGGACCGGCCGCCUCGAGCUCUCCUGCCCGCAGAUUCCCUCGCGCCCCGGCCGCAACCCUCCCCUUGAUGAUGGACACUGGUGGACCGCUGCCGGGGGAGACUCCUCCGCCUGGGACAAGGGCGAGGGGCGGCCGCUCUCACCGGUGCCCGCAGACCCGAUCGCCUCGGAGUACUUCGACAAGCUGGCUGGCUAUUUCGUCGAGGCGGCCAGCCGCCUCCCGCUUGCUGAGAUCCCGUACCUUGCCCGCUGUCUCACACACAGCGGUCUCGCCAUUGGCUUCGCCGACCCCGUCACCAAUAUCAUCAUCACCACUAUCGACACUUUUGCCCACACCAAGCCUUACUUGAUGGAUCCGGUGGACAGCGCAGCCAUUGAGCAAACUAAGAGAAAGAUUACAUUCACAGAAGGCGCUCGCAGCUCUUGGGAAGCACUCAACAUGUUCAUGCUCCGCUACUUUCGGAAUCUCACACCGCCUCAGUCCGAGCUCUUGCUAUACAUGGCCGGAUAUGACCUCCGCGUUGCAGUUGAAGAACUGCAUCACUAUAUUGGUGGCCCGGAUCAUCCAGAUCUUCUCGUACAUGAUUCAGCUAGGACCAAGGCAGCAUUUGUGGAGGCAGCUUACCCACCGUGUUCUGCACCUGAUCUGUUACGUCUGAUGACAUCGACUUACAGCUGUUGCUUGGUCCAGCCCGUCCUAGAGGUUCUGAGCCAAGGGGGGAAGCUCACAUCUAGCUGCUUGUGUCGACAAGAUCUGCAAGAUGUUGUGCCAUCCAUGGUCACCGCCGCCGUCACCGUCACGCCCUCCUCCUGUUGGUACUUUUCGGGACAGCAGUGGUGGCAUCACCAUGACCGUGUGCUUCGGACCUGAUUUUUUCGUCACAACUUGCAUCUCGAUGGACGGUACCACCUCUUCCGCAAUCACACAGCCUUUUCAGACCUAUGCUGGUUCCUCGGAUGACACGACCAACAUGCUACGCAUGUUCCCUCUAAACCAAAGGAGACUGGUCAGCCAUAGUAACUCAUCGUUGACCUUGGAGGAUCCAGAAUUCCUGCCAUUCCUCAAGUUCCAGCUCCUUGAUAUGGUGCAUGCUGUGUACCUGAAGGCGAUCGCCAUGCUACCGGUCCGUGCACUACGUGAGGGCCACCUCCUCCGCUCACUGCUAGCAGCUGGUCACUGUUAUGGACCGUUGGACCCUGUGGCCAACAUGGUUAUCAACACAGCUUGGUAUGAUGUUCUCUACCCGCUCUCCUGGGAUGUUUCUUCGAAGAUUAGAGCUGCGGAUAUACUCGACGCUCGAUCCAUGCAUCGAGUCGAGUCCCGGUCAAUCGAUGGCCUCGUUGCCUAUCUUUGCAGAUCCCCCACAACAGAUGAGCAAGAUGCUGUGACACUCUUAUGCAAAAGUCGAUUGGACACCCCGAUCUCGGAGUUAUCGAAUAUGUGUGAUGUGGCACUGGCCGCGAAACACCCUGAGCCUGCUGCCUUCGGGGCAUUCCUCGAGUGCGUGCCCACUGGAUGGUUCUACAACUUGUACUGCCAAUUUAGGGUCAGUGGAAAUCCAGAUGCCGCUUUCGAUGGACUAAAGUUUGCUCUAUUGAAGGAAACAACAGGUAAUGCAGAAGUGCGAAGAGCUAUGGAUAGAUCAGCUGCCUUGGAGCGGCUAAACAGCAUGCCAAGGCAAAAAAUAGAUUUGGCGAUACUAUCCGCAAAGAGGUCUGUAUUCGAGUCUCAGCAAGCUAAUGUCCGUAGAGUGUUGGAAGAGUUGCUUAUUGGCCAUGGCUACAGUGAGCCUUGUGGUAAAUCAAACAGCUGGUCUACUACAGAUAGAAAGUGGCAACAAACGAAAAGAAAGCCGCUUUUUAACCAUAUAGUGCUAUCUUUGCUGAAUUCUGGAACCAAUACGAUGAGAGAGUUGAAGAGUAAAAAUAUCCUUUUUGUUGUCCUAUACCGGAUUACCAUCAAUAUCCUGGUAAGCUUUUAUAUGGAUAUAUUUGUUGCUGAAUUCUGGAUUACCGCAAAUUAAUUAUCAUGUCAACAAAAAUGUUGUGGAUUACAGGCUGAUCUUCAUGAAUUCAUUUUUUUUACUUUCUGAACAGGUCGUUGUGUUGUUUGCGAGAAUGAUUCGAGCAUUAUUGUGCAUCCACAAUCUCGCAAAUACUACAUGGGCAAUUCUGCACUUGCUUUCCCGGUACCAGGCCACCUCGGGGCUGGUACAAGUGAUUACUUGGAUGUACUUUAUUCAAGUCUGGUGGAGGAGUAGGACUGACUUGUGGUAUGUUCUAUUUUACAUUAGUCAACUAGUGAUGUUAGUAUGUUACGUUGGUGUAUCUCUGUCAAUCUGCUUUAGAUCGAGCACCAUCGUGUCCAGGGGCAUACCCGGGUCCAAGCUGCAUGGUGCACGGGGCACAGAAUAAAAAUCCUUUUUCAUUCACA